UUAAAAUUACACUUUAUGGACUACACUAUGAAAGAUUCCUUCUUUGAUGAUUCCGAAGAAACAUCCUUCUGGACACAAACUCAGUUCCCUGCUUAAGAAAUCCAAACUGAAUUAAGAGAUAACAUGCUUAUCCAUAAAGAGAGGGAACUUGUGAAACGUAAAGUUGGAAUGAUGUCUCAUUACCUGUUAUUGUUCAAAGAAUAAGUAAUUUUUAAAGAGUAACUAAUUUUAGGAGGUCCAUAAGUGGGUAAAUCUGAUAAAUGUUACCAUGGAGCUAAUUAAAAAUCCAGCAGCCGGCCAAGGAAUUCGAUUUCUAAAAAACAAACAACGUUUCGAAAUGUAUGGUGAUGUUGAACCAUGGUAUAAUUACCUCAAAAAGUAUUGUAUUUAGAGAUGCUUCUCUCAAAGAUACUCAUUACUUAAAAAAAUAGGUUAAGGAAAUUUCGCUGAAGUAUUUCAUUUUAUCAAUUUCAGGUGUUCAAGGCUGUUUGCAAGGCUGAUGGAUAAGAGUACGCAAUCAAAUGCUUCAGAAAAUAGGAUUUGAAAGAAGAAGUUGAUAAAUUAUCAAUUAUUAAAGAGACCUCAAUUAUGAGGAAACUUCAACAUGAAUCUGUAAUUAAAAUGUAUGAAGUGUUUGAAGGAGAGGAAUACCUGUACUUGGUAUUAGAAUAUCUGAAUGGAGGAGAGUUACAUAAAUUUAUGAAGAAGUCUCCUCCCUUUUCUGAAGAAAAAUGUUCGAAAUUAAUUUACAAAUUAUUAAAAGCUUGUCUAUUUAUCCAUGAAUAAGGAAUUUUACACAGAGACAUUAAGCCUGAAAAUAUUAUGUUAAGAAAAAAAGAUGAUCUGGAAGAUUUGUGCAUUUGUGAUUUUGGAUUGGCAGAUUAUUACAAUCCAAAUGGCAAGUAUUUAUUUACAAGAUGUGGAACUCCAGGAUACGUAGCCCCUGAAUUAUUAUAAGACAAGCUCUACGAUUACAAAGUAGAUGUCUAUAGCAUCGGAAUCCUGAUGUUCAUUCUUAUUGCUGGCAAAUCUCCUUUCGAAGGCAAGGAUUAUGAUGAUGUUGUUAUGAGAAAUUACUAUGCAAAAGUAAAAUUCGAAGAGUGUAAAUUGAGUGAGCACGGAAUGAGUCUUCUACAAGGAUUGAUGAACAAGAAUCCUGUUAAGAGAUUAAGUGCGUUAGAAGCUCUCAACCAUUAAUGGUUUGUAUAAGAAAAACUAGCCAAAACAUGUCAAUUUAAAAUUCGAAGACAUAGCAAUAUUAGGAGAUUACCACAUCUAGAUGGUUCACCUAUUCCAACUACUAAUUUCUUGAGCCCCAAAAAUUCAUUCAACAACCUGAGUCCUUAAAGUUUGACUCGUACUGAUGAUAAUACACCAAACUCUCCAAUCACUCCUGUGACACCUCUCCAAAAUAAAGGGAAACCAAUUCGUAAAUCGAUUUUCAAAUUAUAAUAACUAUGAGUAUAAAACCC